AUGCAGAUGAAUCGGGAGAAGCUUAUGAAGAUGGCCGGUGCGGUUCGCACCGGCGGAAAAGGAAGUGUGAGAAGGCAAAAGAAGGCCGUUCACAAGACAACUACCACAGAUGACAAAAGGCUUCAGAGCACCCUUAAGAGAAUAGGGGUGAAUGCUAUUCCAGCAAUUGAGGAAGUUAACAUAUUUAAGGAUGAUGUAGUUAUCCAGUUUAUAAAUCCCAAAGUUCAAGCCUCUAUUGCUGCAAACACAUGGGUUGUUAGUGGUUCUCCUCAAACAAAGAAAUUGCAGGAUAUUCUCCCUGGCAUUAUCAACCAAUUGGGGCCAGAUAACUUGGACAACUUGAGGAAGUUGGCUGAGCAGUUCCAGAAGCAGGCACCUGGUGCAGGUGCUGGUGCAGCCACAGCACAAGAUGACGAUGAUGAUGAUGUCCCAGAACUUGUGGCUGGAGAGACAUUUGAAGCUGCUGCGGAGGAGACGAAAACUACUUAGGAGUUUUGAGGGAUUUUGUGCUAUUUUAUAUAUUUUCUAUGUUUUUCAAGUUUUACUUUUGUUUUUCCAAUUAACUCUUUCAUGCGUUUUUUUUUUUCUGAUGCUUGUGAAAACUCUGGGAUAGAUGUUACUUCGAUGUAUCGGUUCAAAGAUCUUUACAAUAUUUCUGAUUGGUGGUUUUUUGUCUGAGCUA